AAGACCUGGAUUUCGCGCGUGGAUGAUUUAUGUUUGAUGUCACACAAAAUCGAAGACUUACAAGCAAAAACCGACAAACUGGUCGAAGAAGCAGCAAAGACAGGACUCCAGGUGAACAUAGACAAGACGGAGGUCAUGGAAAUAACCAACCAACAACAGCAGCAACAUCCAGUGCCAAUCACCAUCAACGGGAGGGAUUUGAAAGAGGUUACUUCUUUCACUUAUCUAGGGAGCAUUGUCUCAACCACAGGAGGAACGGACGAGGAUGUCAAAUCGAGAAUCGGGAAGGCGAGAAACACAUUCAUCAACCUGAAAACAAUCCGGAAAUCUUCGUCACUCAGCAUCAACAACAAAGUGAUUCAGAUUUUCAAUACAAACGUCAAGUCAGUCAGUUCUUCUAUACGGAUCAGAAACUUGGCGGGUCACAAAGAAUAUUUCCAACAGCCUGUUGCAGACCUUUAUCAACAACUGUCUUCGCUCUAUACUGAAGAUCAGAUGGCCGGAAAGAAUC